GUUGCUGAAUUCCAAGAUCUGCAACCAUCAAUCCAUUAUUUUAUUAUUUAAAAAAUAAAUAAGAAAGAAAAAGAAAAACCCUUCAAAAGGCCUUUUCCAUUCUCAGCUUCCUCAUUGGCUGGGCUGGGAGGAAUAGAUAGAGGGAGCAAAGAAAAGGAGGAAGAAACCAACCAAACUAAAAAAACAAAGCUAGUGAGAGAAAAAGAAAAAGCACUACCCCAAUUAGGCCUCACCCUCAAAGGUAAAAACCCCACCUUCAUUUCUCCCACACAAUCUCUCUCAAAUAUCUUGAUUUUUUUUGGUUUUGCCACAGUUUUCUUUUUGGUCAUGGGUUGAAUAAUUUGGAGCUCCGGUUGCUGCUUUUGUUAAUCUAGAGGUUUUGAAGGUGCUACCCCUUUGUUUGCAGGGGUUGUUUGAAGAUUUUUUAUUUAGGGUUUUAGGUGUGAUUUCUGGGUUUUGGGUGUGGAGGUUUUUGGGUAUCAAAUCUGUUGGUUUUGGGUGGUGGGGUUGUUUGAGGGGGUUUAAGUGUUUGGUGCUGUGGUUUUUGGGGCUCUUGGGUUGGGGAUUUGGAUUUAAGGUUUGGUACAUUUUUUUGUUUUCCUCUCUGCAUUUGAGGGAAUCUAGGGUUGGAUAUUUGGUUGAUGGAAGGGCUGCUGGGUUAUUACUGAGGUGUUGUUCGGGCUCAAUUUUGGACAUUUGUUUACAAUUAGUGCAAUUUUGAUGGUUUUGAGCUCUGAUUGUGGGGUCCAGAGUGCAGAUUUGGAGCUGAAGUUUUUUUUCAGCUUUGGAAUCCUAAGCAGUGUGUUUAUUACAGAUUGAAAUUCUGACCAAGUUCAGGUUCAGGUUUCCGAAUUUUGAUGUAAAAAUUUGGGAUUCUGAAGUCUUUUAAGGAUUUUGAAAGAAUUUAUAGUGUGAAGAUGGCUGCCGAGUCGAACACUGGCUUUCACUUGCAGAAUCUAGGUUCAGCUAUGAACCGGCAUGCGAUAUCUUUUCAGUCAGGUGCAAUAAAUAGUACAUCUGAAAUGAUUCCAAUGGCCAGUUACUUUGGGGUAACUAAUACAGCCGGCAUGAUCAUGCCGGGAAAUUCCAACAUCAUUAACAACAACCCAGUGAUAACUCAAGCUGGGAAUUCUUCUGGUUCUCUUCUCCUUGAUUCAGUGCCAGGGUUGAAGCAUGAUACUGGCUUGGCAGUUGAGUGGUCUUUAGAGGAACAGUACAGAUUGGAGGAAGGUCUUGACAAGUUUGCUGAUGAACCAAGUAUUAUGAGGUACAUAAAGAUUGCAGCUACAUUGCGUGACAAAACUGUACGUGAUGUUGCCCUGAGGUGUAGGUGGAUGACGAGAAAAAGAAGGAAACAGGAAGAGCACAAUAUGGGAAAGAAAGUGAACAUUAGGAAGGAUAAGCUGGUGGAAACAUCUUCAAAGGCUAUUAUACCUUCAGCUCCACCACUGGAUGUGGCUACAUAUUCUCUUAUGAUGCAACAUAUGGACCAGAAUGAACACUUGCCCUGCGAAGCAUUAAACGACACAGCCAAACAUCUUUUGGAACAGAAUGCUCAGGUUUUUAAUCAAAUCACAGCUAACCUUUCUACUUUCAAGUUACAGGAUAACAUUGACCUCUUCUGUCGCACAAGGGAUAACAUUACUGCCAUCCUAAAUGACAUGAGAGAUAUGCCUGGCAUAAUGAGCCACAUGCCACCACUCAAUGUGUACAUCAAUGAGGAUCUUGCAAAUAGUAUUUUGCCUAAUACAUCUCAGGUAAGCACUCAUGAAAAUCAACUCAUUUCACUAAUUCUAUGUUUGUGCUUUAUUUGUGAGGCUUGCAUGUUAGUUGCUGGGCAUGGACGUGCAUGUAAGACUCUGCAUGCAUGAGAGUGGCAGUGUGAGUGCAUCAAUGAUGUCCAUUCCAUCUUUCCCUUUUUUUUUAAGGUCUAUUCAGUGAGCUGUAAUUUAAUCCUUAAAAAACAUUCAUCUUGCAGUUUUUUAUGUGAUUGUCUGGAAACAUGCUUGAAAUCCUUAGGGUUGUCUCACAAUUCAUCAGCUAUGAGUAAUACAAACGUAAAUCCCUUCAUUGAAUUAUUUAUUUAUUUAUUUUUUGUGGUUUCUUGAUUCAUUGGGAAUUGAAACUGUUUCUCCCCGUUUUUUUUUUUGUUUAAUUGGGCGAGUAUUUGUGUGUUGUAUUGCUUGUUGUUUUUCUUCAGUCUUUGAUGUGCUUUGUUUAUAUUCUGUGUCGUACUUGGAUGCACAUUUUACAUACACAAGCCUCUUUUGAAUAAACAUCACCUGAGAAAUUAGGGACACUUGAAGCAAACAUAUAAGUCACUAGAUACUCUUCAAGCAUCAAAACACAUCAAUAUGUGCAUGAUAAGCUAAAAAUAUUUCCAUUUUCAACUCGUUUCUUCCUCAAUGAUAUCAUCUUAUAAUGUUUAUUUUUGUAAGAAUUUGAUUGAUUUAUCCAUACUGGUUAAAAAGGUCAUAUGGAGAUUCCUUCCUCUCUCCAAGCUUCUCUACUACUUGACUAAAUAAGAAAACAUCAUGUAGAUGUAUCAACAGGAAAAAAACAAUAAAAAGAAAAAAAAAAUCGAAAUUGAUCUUCUGGUUCAUUAAUUACUUCUGCAAACAGUCUAUACUGCUUUUUUUUUUGUUUAAUGACUUUCAAUAUACAAUAAUGAUAUAGUUUGCAAGUUUCCAUUUCCUCUUUAUGAGAAAUUAAACUUCAAUUGUUUUCGUUUUCAUUCCUUAAACCAACUCAUCUAGUCCCCAUUUUUUAAAUUAAAUUAAUGUGUUAGAUUGGGAUGGCACGUUGGUUUAAGAAAUGCAAUUGUCAUCAAGCUUAAAAUGGAAUUAGGAUCAGUAAUAAGAUUGAUUUUUGGCUCGAACCCGUUUCUUUUUUUCAUUAUUAAAUAGACAAAGCCAUGCCAUACAAUAAAAUGUCAUGUCAAUAUGCUUACUUCACUUGUAUGCAUAAACUGUCAACUUGGAUCUACCCAUGCUGCCUCAGUUUUUUCUCUUUUGUAUCUUUAGACAAUGAUGUAUGGCUUGCCGAGUGGAAUCCAUGUGAAGCAGGAGCCGAGAUGCUGAUGGAGUAUUCUUGAGAUAAGAGUUGAAUUUAUGUGGUCUUUAUGUAAGUACAAAAAAUUUUCUGCUGUAAAUGCAUUAAAAAAAGGAAGAAAAAAAAGCAAAAAAGAAAAAAAAAAAGAAAAAAAAAAAGAAGAAAACCCUGGUAGGAGCGGUUUCUUCCUUUUGUGUACACAAGAAAAACUCAUCAUAGGUUGGGUCCCAUGAUGGAAAAAUUUGUAGAGAAGCCAUUUUUGGAACCUGAAAUGUUGAGCUCACCAGAUAAUGAAACCCCAUGCAUUGGAUAAUAAAAAUGCAGAGACUCCUGGCCCUCCUGGGAGAGAGCGUUCUAACCAGAUCUCUGAAUUUUGGGUUCAAAAAGGAAAAAAAAGAAAAAAGAAAGGGGCAAAAAAAAAAAAAGACCAGAAGCUUUUUAUGUGUAUAAAAUUAUUUAUGUGACCCAAGUGAACCUUUGGAGUAGACCCUCUGUUUGGUGCUUGAUUUAUACCUGCAUUUUUCAGUAUUUAUUAUUAUGCUCUCUAUUAUAAGACCCAUUUUAAUUAGGGUAUUUUUUUCCCAAGAAAUUUGUCAAAUUUUAUUA